AUGUCGCACGAUAAAAUUAUGUCAGCGGGAGGAUUCCAGAUUGUCACCGGUAAACGAGCUAUGAAAAAAGGGCGUACUGCGGGCCCGUUGAGAACAGACGGAACCAUAGAAGAGAUUAAUAUGGCCAUUUCAAAAGCGACAGCUUUUAUCAUUCACACGGGACUUCACACAUGGUUAUUGGCGAAGUUAGAACAAGGUUUUCAUGAGAUUGGUCUUCGUUCACUUCGAUUAGCGCUAGAUAAAAUUCUUUUACUUGGAAACGGUCACUUUGAUGCACCAUGGGAGGCUGGAGCACAUCAGCUAGCACUUAUAAAUCUUGUGGCUGAACACUACAAUGUCGUCGUUGAAAUACAGGAUCCGUGUUUUACAAAUGCUGAAGUGGAAUGGAUAAACUCGAAUCAGAGAUUUGUACUGGUGGAAAAUGCUCAAUUUAAUACAGUAUCAAUGCCACUCUUCGUGGUCAGUAUUCACUCACCACACUUUAUUAUAAACGAUUUUUUGAAAAGCAACUGGAAUCAAAAACAAGUGCUAUUUCUCGGAAAUGAUUAUUCUUCGACCGCGUUAGACGUGAAGGAUCCCGAUCACGAAACAUUACUUUGCUUUGGAAAAAGCUGUGAAUAUUUUCCAAUGCCAGUAUACGAGCCAAAUUCGUCGUUCUUCUUUGAUACAUCUUUAUUUUAUUGGCGUUCAACCGAGAUUAAUCAAUUGCCGCCUUUGAAUCAAAGAGACUCGACAAAGAAA